AUGCCGCGCGCGCGCGCGCGACGGCCCCUGCGCCCGCUCGCGGCGAACGCGGACGCGACCGGGGGUGAUUUGAACGACGAUGGGAUUCGAGCCGAUGGCGAUGGCGAUGGCGAUUCGAUGGAUAAACGGUCGGUGCCGACGCCCGAGGACGCGGGCGUGGACGCGCGCGCGGUGGGGGAUGAGAACACGCCCCCGGUGUUCGCGCGCGCGGCGUCGGGGGGGCGCGGGUCGAGAUCGGUGGAUGGAUGUCGGUCGGCGGACGCUUCGGGCGCGCGACGUUUGAAUUCGCCGUCGCGCGCGAAGACGGCGGAGAAGAUGGCGCGCGCGUGGGACGAGCGACGAAGCGCGCGCGCGAUGGGAGGGAAAUCGAUGCGUGGGGAUAAGACGAGCGAUGGUGGGUCGAGCUGGAAGGAAGAGAUGACUCGGACGCGCGAGCGCCUGGCGAGGAGUCGCGAGCUGUCGGCGUUCGCGACGGCGGGCGCGGGAGAGAAAGAGAGGGCGAGCGAGGGUGAGGAUGAGGACGGGCGAGACGUCGUGGAGGCGCUUGAACGGCGAUUGGAAGGUGCCGUGGUGGCGAGUCCGGACGCGUCGUCGAGCGUGCGGGACAUGGAGGGCGCGGCGCUCGAGGGAGAGAGCGAGGACGACGAAGACGAAGCGAACGCGUCGUUUGCUUCACCGAAUUUGGACGAUCCCACGGUCGCCGUCGCGGUCGAACGCACGCGGUUGCUCUCCGAGCGUAAGAGCCGCGAGGUGACGCGCAAGCUCGUCGUGUCCAACGAACACAACGCUCGAUUGAAAGCGCGCGUGAGCGAACUCGAGCUCACGCUCGAGGACAAGCAGAAUGAGAUAGAAAACACCGAGAGAAGAGUGCAGAGCGCGGUUAAGGAGGCCACGCGCGAGGUAUGGGCAAAGAUGGACGCGGCGAACACGCAGUGCGUCAGAGCGGAGACGUCACUCGUGGAGGCCAAGGCCGAGGCGCAAGACGCCAUGCGAAGGGCCAUCGAGCUCGAAUCUCGCCUCGAGCAGAGCGAACGGGCGCUAAGCGAAGCACGCGCGAGCCAAAAGCGCGCUGACGACGAUUUGGUGAUGCUGAGAGAGCUCGCGUCGGAAGCGAGCGAUGUGGCGUCGAAGCAGCUCGAAGACGAACUCGCGCAGGCUCGGGCAGAAAUCGAACGCCUCACGACACGCUUGGACGAGGUACAGGAAACGGCGAACGAAAAGAUUUAUUAUCAGAGCGAAAGUGAACGAAUGGAACAGGAGCUUGAGGAGUUACGAAACGAAGUGUCGUGGCGUAAGGCGAGUGAGACUGAGUUACGCGCGGCACUCGAGCGCUCUGAGGGGGAAAUCGUUUUGCAUCGCGCGGAGAGUUCAAAGUCUGAGUCUGACGUCUUUGCCGUGAUAGAGGCUAAGAACGCCGAAAAUGACGAGUUGCGUCGUUUGCUCGCGGCAGCGGAGACACGAGCGGCGGCAAAUGAGGCGUCCACAGCUCGUGCCAUGUCCGAGGUCGACGUCCUUCGCGCACAAAAAGUUGAAUUUGAAAGCGCCUUGCAGUGCGUUACGGUGGAUGGCUCGGUGAAGCAAUCAGAGCUCGAGAAGGAAUACGCGGCGGCGAUGCUGAGCAUGCAAGAUCUCGCGAGUUCGCUGGAGGAAGUUCAGUACGAGCUGAAACAGACGCGAGUCGAGAAGGAGCGAGCGCUCGUUGAGGCUCAAGACGCUCGGCGAGCCGUCGCUGAGGCUGCGAGUUUGGAGGAGUACAAGCGCGUCGAUCUCACCACCGAGCUCGAAACCGCGCUCGAGUACAACGACCACUUACAGCAAGAACUAGUGACCAUGCGCGAGCGUGAGCGUGAUCUUCUGUCGCAAUUAGAUGAUGCCUUGAUCGCGGCGCAACUCGCCGACGAGGAAACGGAAGUAGACGUCGACUCUCAACCGGAGAGCGAAGAUCCUUCGACGCCGUCGCCCGUGAAGAACGCACGAGCGCGAGCUUCAAGUUCUGGCUCUCGUAAGAUGAACGUGGCGAAUUUGGUGGCCACGAAUCGCGAUUUGGUAGAAUUAACCUCGAGACAGUCGAAUGAGAUAAGUCGUCUCCAAGCCGAGCGCUCAAAGUUGCGCGCGGAUAUCACGAAGAGUGAGUCUGCGCACGCGCUCGUGAGAAAGCUGAAGGAUGAGAAUUUUGCACUCGCGUGCAAAUUCAAGGCCACCUUGCAGAAGACGAGCGAUGAGAUCAAGGCUAGGCAGCAAGUGGAGUCUCGCUUGCACGAGCACGAACGCGCGGCGCACGGAUUGGAGCGAACCAUCGACGAGCUCCGAGGCGAGCUCAUGCGAGUGCGAGAGACGCACCCGGUGGUUCUGGAGACGUCCCCGAAUCAAUCGUCCGUUAUCGAUGAACUUCGCAAAGAGCUCGCCGAGGUGAAGGAAACGCUUAGCGCGGUCAAGUCUGAAGAGAAGGCGACCCUAGAAUGCCUCAGCGCGCAGCUCAAGCAGAUGGAGAGCGCACACCGUCGCGAGGAAGCGUAUCCGCGAGCGAGACGAAACGCCACGGACGCCUCGUUCGCGGAUUAUCUGGCUCACGAAGUCGCCCAGGCCGAGGCCGCAGAGGCGGAUCACGACGCGUACGCGAGGCGCUUACAGGAAGAAAUCGACAGAGUGACUCGAGAGCGUGCUCAAACCGAGCCACGGCCGCGCUCGAGUGCGAGCGUGCCUUCACCCGAGCGCGCUUCACCUGAACGAGGCGAGGCCGCCAUGGCAGCGGCGAAAGAAGCUACUGAGCUCGCUCUCGAGGUGUGCGAGUCCACGAAGGAGCGCGCACUCUAUUAUAAAUCCGUCGCGAAACAGGUUUACGGCAAACUCCGAGAGCAAAAGCUCUCGUACGAGCGCAAGCUCGCAUCGAUGAAGCGUGAGCUCGACGCCCUUGUCGCCUCCACUGACGCUCCUGCGACGCCAUCGCUUCGAACGCCCAUCAGCGCCAUCGCGCGCGAUCACAAGUUUCUCUUAGACUCCACGUAG